AUGAAGAUCUCGUGUGUGUUGGGAGAGCUCGUCAUGCUUUUCGAGUUGAUUCAUGGUCUCCAAGAUUUGUCUAUAACCUGUUCUGAAUCCUGGCUCCAGGUCAAACUUAGACGAACGCCACUGUUAAAUGACCUGCAACCUUUGCAAAACGAACUCUCUCUAGGAAUUGGCUGUCCUGUAAACAUGGUCGAGGUGGAUUUCUUUGGGUUCCUGUAUCUUCUAACUUUUUGUGGCAUCAGAGUGAGCGAACAUGGAGUAGGUAUUCUCAUUGAAAGUUUAAUCGUAUAUGAACCAACGAAUUUUGACUUCAAUUUACACAUCCCAGUAUCAUGCUAUGUGCAAAGAAGGUUUCCAAUAAUCUUAGUGAUGAGAGGGAGAGAGAAUGAUAGCCGUCGUGAAUGCAGAAGGUCAGUGGGACAGCACCGCUCACUAUCACAUGAACUUGAAGACUUGGAAAUCCGUCCAAAAGUGUCCUAUGUGAACAGUGUUCCCUUGUUGAGCUACCUAAUUGUAUCCCUUCCUAAGUGUAAGAACAAAGCUAUACAUUCUGGAUGAUGAGGCCACCCUACUUCACCUGGUACUCUGGCUGCUUGAGGAUUUCAUUGCCUUUUAGAAGUUGGACUAGUCACUGGAUAUUGUCUUUUAUCAUUUCAAAUGUGAUAUUUUUAAAUGAAAAACCUGCUCUGUUGUCCAUAUUUAUGAACUGUUGGGGUAGGGAGAAAAGCCUUCCCUUCCCAGAUUUUAAACUCGUAAUAAAGGUAUUCUUAAAUAA